AUGAGCUCAACUGAGUCGCUAGGAAUGUUCUUAAUCGAAAGACAACUAAUGAAACCCGUUUCAAAGGAAAGAGAGCAUAAAAGAUUACGUUCUGAAAAUUCAAAUAUCGAAACUAGCAAGAAGCCAUGGAUGGAAUUGGCUUACUUGUACAGACACAUUGGCCGAAAUGAUGUCUGUAAAGGUAUUUUUGAAGGCCACAUUGCUUCGAGUGAAUAUACUAAAGAUGCAUUAAAUGCUGAGAUGAUUGGCGAUUAUUCGUCUGCUUGUUAUCAUUAUUUGAAAGCAUUGAAAAAUCAACAAAAUAUUGAAAAUAUAAUUGAAGAAAAUAUAAUUGAAGCUGAAACUUGGGAAGAAGGAAGAUUCGAGUGUUAUGAGAAGCUGUGUCAAUGGGAUGAUCUUGCUGAGACUGUAAAUGUUGAUCUUGAUGGAGACUUAGAAAAGCUUUGGAGUGAAGAAUAUCAGGAUUCUUAUCUUAAUUACUUCUUUCACAGCUUUUUCAAAUUGACCCAUGGAACGAAUGAUAACAACUAUAAACAACGAUUUUAUACUUUCAUAGAUAAUGCUAUGAAAGAUCCUGAGCGUACAUCAUUGUUAGAAUUGCAUUUUCCAAUAGAACUUGCUUUAUCUUCAUUGACACGGAAAAAUUAUGAUAAAGCAAGGAUGUAUGUUAGAAAAUCAUAUGAUAAUUUUCUAUACUCAUGGACAAAUUUACAUCCUUUGGCAACAAGCACUCGAUUAAACAAAUUAAGUUCCUUGCAGCAGAUUGAAGAAUAUUUGAAUUUAAUCGAAGAAAAAAGUGAAAACAUUAAUUUUGAUAAAGCACUGACGGUUUGGAAGUCUAGGUAUCCAUCUAAAUACCUCGAUUCAUGCAACACUUGGGAUGACAUUGUAAUUAAUCGCCAAUCAAUUCUUCGUGAUAUGCUUGAAUGUCUACAUAGAGAUAAUCAAGUAAAAGGAACAUCAUUGUUAAAAAUGUCUGCUGCUGCAAGAGCACAAGUUAAUUAUGAAGUAGCACACUCUUGUUUAAACAAAAUCCGACGAUUUAUUCAAUUUGAUUCAGAUAAAUUGGAUUAUUAUCAAUACAAAUUACAUUUACAAGAAGCAAGCAAUGCUGUUGAUUACGAGAAAAAGAGUUCUAUUUUAUCAAACCUAAUCGAAGAUUUUAGCAAAUUUAAAUCAUUUAAGUCUAAGAUCGACCUAAAGAAAUCUAUGAUAGCAAGUGAAGCAUAUUCCCUUCUUAAUUCAGAAUUAAACAAGGAUUACACUCAAAGCUCGUUGCAGUCUCUUAAAAUUAGAAAAGACGAAUUGAUUAAUAAAGGAUAUGACAUUAUUGAAAGUGCUUCAAAAGAAUUGCAUAGAUUCAAACCUUCAUUGCAAAGAAAAAUUUUUUUUAAAUUUGCUAAAUAUUGCGAUGAUCAUUUACGUAUGAUCGAAUCUGAUGAUAAUAACAUGGAUCAAUUUUCAUUUAAUUAUGAACAAUAUGCGAACAAUGUUGUGAGUAAUAUUAUGGAUGCAUUAGAGCUGAAUUCUGAAGAAGCUUCAGAAAUAUUCCCUAGAUUGUUGCAAAUAAUAGAAUUUUAUGAAGAAACACAAGAGACUUUUUUAGCAAAAGCCAAAGCGUUCGGGCCUGUUUGGAAAUUUAUAAGGUGGAUACCUCAAAUAGUUGCAGUAUUGGAUAAACCUAUUAUGCAUUGUGUGCUUCCUAUUUUGGAUAAGCUCGCAGAUGAAUAUCCAAAAAGUUUGUACUUCCCACUCAGAAUUAGUAGUGAAUUUUAUAAUUUUGAACAAAAUGAUCCAGAUGCAAGAGCGAGACAGUUGAUUGUUGAAAGGCUUCAACAAAAAAUAAAAUCUGAUGUAUUGGAAAGAUUGAUAACUGAACUGGAAAGACUAACUGAUCCAGAAAUAGAAUUUUCGAACCGUCAUGCAAGUAUCAUCAUAGAUUUAUGCGGUGAAGAUGGAUCGAAAUUAGCGGACAUGACACAAAAUGAUUUUAAAGCAAAAGUUUGGGAAUAUUUUGUUAAUAAUAUUAAGAAAAAGAGCAAAAAGCCUUCAGAGGGUUCGAACUUAUUAAAGUCAUAUUCUAAAUGGCUCGCAGAAUUUUCAUCAUCUAAUUAUCUAGAAGAGAUUGAAAUACCUUCCCAGUAUGAUUGUUCAAUGAUUCCUGACCCGGAUAGGCAUGUAAAGAUUGCUCGUUUUGACCCUAGAGUCUUGGUAUUGAGAUCGUUAAGGCGACCAAAACGACUUACUAUGAUUGGCACUGAUGGAAAUGAAUAUAAUUUCCUUGUUAAAGGAGGAGAAGAUUUACGACUUGAUCAAAGAGUUCAAUCAUUAUUUGACCUUAUGAAUAAAAUAAUGAGUAAAGAUUUUUAUUGUUCUCAACAAAAAAUUAAUUUGAGAACAUAUAAAGUGAUUCCUAUGACUGGCAAUCUUGGUAUAAUCGAAUGGAUCAACGAUACUGAACCUUUGAGGCACUUCAUCAAUAAAAAAAUCAAUAAUGAAAGUAUUUUGGAACAAGCUCAAAAAAAACAUUUAAAUUGGAUCGAGGAAAAUUAUGCUGAUUAUCAAAAUAUGUUCAUCCAUGCUGCACGCGACGAUAUGAUAAAGCAUUUUAAAGGUUUACAGGGACUUUUGGGCUCAAACAUUUUAACAAAUUCACUUCUUAAAUUGGCAGCUUCUCCGGAGGUGUAUUUGUCGCUUAGAUCAGAAUUUAUCAAAAGCCUUGCUAGUAUUAACAUUUGUGGUUAUUUGAUUGGAAUUGGGGAUAGACAUUUGGAAAAUUUUUUAGUAGACAUGAAUAAAGGAACGCUUAUUUCCAUAGAUUUUGGUCAUGCGUUUGGGUCAGCAACUGAAACGUUGGAGAUUCCUGAAUUAGUUCCAUUUCGUUUGACUAAACAAUUGGAAUCUUUAAUGCAACCACUCGGAUCACGUGGUUUGCUAGAGUAUCCUAUGAUCAAAAUAAUGCAAAUAAUGCAUUUGAACAAGGAGGUCUUGCUUAACGUGAUGGAAAUAUUUGUAAAAGAACCAUUACUAGAUUGGCUAACCCGUGCAAAAAACUUAGCAAAACAACAAAGUCUUAUUUGUGAAGAAUUGGCAGUUAGCCAUUCCCACAAACCAUUCUUUUCUAGCCUCGAAAGGAUAGCAAAAGGUGAUCCAGAUCACAAUAUAAGAGCACGUAUACCAACAACAUGUUGCGACAUCAAGCAACAAAUCGAAUGCUUGAUGGAUCUUGCAACCGAUGAUGUUGUGCUAAAUUGUAUGUGGCCAUUACAACAGUUUAAUAAUAAUGCUAGAGAUAUGGAACAUUGA